AUGGCGCAGGCGGAGGCUCAGAGAGCGCCUGGAGACGGCCCAAGGUCUUCGGUCUCAGUCUCACGGGCUUCCACCAUCCCCGCGAUCGUCACCAGUGACCCCUCGGGUUCAACCACCAACGACUACAGUCUCGCGGACGAGCCCAGCCCCAUAACUCCAGUUAGAUCUGGACUCACCCGGAAUUCGAACUCGUUUCCCAUUGGGUCCGCGGCGUCCGAUGUUGCUUCCGGCUCGAGUGGGAAUCUCAAUCAACAAGAUGCGACUACUGCGAGAAAGCCUUUGCGCCCAGGCCCCGUGCCUCAUGGCUCAGGCUCAGGCUCAGGCUCCGGCCUCGUUGGCAGAAAUUCCACAUCUUCGCCCACCGUUUGGGAAAGCGCCGAUUCCAGCGCGAUUGACCCGCUGUCACAACACAUCAUCAAACGCACCAACACCCAAAAAUCGAUCCCGCUGAAAUUAUUGGGAAGAGCGUCUUACGAGGCUGAAGCUGGCGGUUCGGACAGAUAUAGCCCUGUCGAACAGGGUCCCAACCGUGGCGACCAAGCGCCGCAGAGACCCCUCAAAGAGAAGAAGAAAGGCGUUUCUUUCCUAAGUCGCAUCCUUCCCGGCAAAAAGAAAGAUCUAUUCUCCGAUGAAGACGACAAUGUAUCAGAAAUGGGGAAUGCAGGCAAUAAUGCCGCCGCCGCUGCGCAACCAAUAGGCUUCUUUCCUCGGUUUCCACCACCGCCAAAGUAUGCCCGUGUUAGGGCUCAUUACAAGAAGGAGAAGACCUUCAACCGGGUUUUUCAAGCUCAGGAAUUGGAAGGCGUCGAUACCUCAGCCCAACCCGACCAAGACGAGCAUCCCGAUAUAGGAGAUUCGCAAAAUGGCAAAUCUACUGGAAAAGCCAUAUGGGCUUUGGUCUUCUCGAAAGAUGGCAAAUAUCUUGCUGCCGCUGGUCAAGACCGGAAGGUUCGGGUCUGGCAGGUCAUUGCGUCGCCUGAAGAUCGAGAAGUGAAUGAGUCAGAGGGCGAGGAUGACGAGCUGCCGCGGUUAAAAGCGCCAGUCUUUAAGGAAAAGCCGGUUCAGGUGUACGACAGUCAUAGCGGAAGUAUUCUUGAUCUGAGCUGGAGCAAGAACAACUUCCUUCUUUCGUCGUCGAUGGACAAAACUGUUCGACUGUGGCACGUUUCGCGUCCAGAGUGUCUGUGUUGCUUCAAACACAGCGAUUUUGUGACGUCAAUUCAAUUCCAUCCGCGUGAUGACCGCUUCUUCCUUGCAGGAUCUUUGGACAUGAAACUUCGGCUUUGGAGCAUUCCAGACAAGAGCGUGGCGUUCAAUGUGACAGUGCCAGACAUGAUCACGUCGGUCUCUUUUACUCCGGAUGGAAGGCACUCAAUGGCAGGAUGUCUCAACGGGAUGUUGAAUAUAUACGAAACGGACGGCCUGAAACCGGCAGGGAAUAUUCAUGUUCGCUCGGCACGGGGCCGUAACGCAAAGGGUAGUAAGAUUACCGGCAUCGACUCCAUGGUUUUACCUCAGAAUGACCCGGAGGGCACGGUGAAGCUCCUAGUAACUAGCAACGAUUCACGCAUUCGCCUAUAUGACUUUCGAGACCGGAGUCUGGAAGCCAAGUUUCGCGGGAAUGAAAACGCAUGCAGCCAGAUCCGGGCUAGUUUCAGUGACGACGGGAAGCAUGUGAUCUGCGGUAGUGAGGAUCGUAGAGCCUAUAUAUGGCCUAUGGGGCCGGUUGAAAAAGACGCUGAUAAACGGGCCUUUGAGGUGCUUGACACGCAGUCGGCGAUGGUGACGGCUGCCAUCAUGGCCCCAAAAUCUACGAAGCAGAUUCUAGGACUUUCAGAAGAUCCGAUUUAUGACCUGUGCAACCCGCCACCGGUAACCCUUGAGAGCAACACCAAAAAGGAAAAUAGCCGACAGAGCCGCCUGUCCACGGCCAGUAAACUGGCCCAAGAGUCACCCGGGUUUCAAGCACGUUCGGCUCACCCGGAUGGGAAUAUCAUCAUCGCAGCCGAUUACUCAGGAAAGAUCAAGGUCUUUCGACAGGACUGCGCGUAUCACAAACGCCGGUAUGAUAGCUGGGACACUCACUCGACGAUCUCCCGGCGGCUCCUCCGCCGGUCCAACUCGGCACGGCAAAGCAUCGCCUCCUCUAUUGGCAAGGAGUCCUCCCACAAGACGCCGUCGGAGCGGAUAAUCUCGUGGCGCAACUCCGUCAUCGGGCAUGACAGCACGAAUAACAGAGACCAACAGCCACCAAGGACUCGAAGCCCGUCCCCACAGAAGGCAAUGCGAGAGGCCUCUCGGAACUCAAGUCCUGGGCGCGGAUCAUCCGGCGCACGCGGUGAAUCCCGCUCAGCCUACACCGCAUCCCCACCGCCAUCAGCAUAUAAGUCAUCGUUUUCUAGUCCGCGAUCAAGCUUCGCCGAGAAAAGGCGGCCUACCGGAGCCGGUUUUGGGUCGAAACCUGAGGACUCUCGCGCAGUGCCUGCGCCGCUGUCGGCAGCUGCAUUGAUCAAGGGAAGAGACGGCAAUGAUAACCCACGCUGGCUCCAAGGCGACCAAAGCUAUGCCUUCUAUAAUAAAAUCACCCAGGACGCACUCGCAGUUCACCGUAACUCUCCGGGCCUUCUAGACCCAAACCCACGGCCAAGUCCGGAGCGGAAACUCACUAGAGCUAGCAUACUGAGCAGCGAGUAUGCCUCAUCCGAUGCCUCCGAUGCUGACAAUGACGUUCUCAAAUGCGAUAGCUGCUGGGGUACAAAUUUCAAGGCGACCAAAGGUCGGAACGGCAAGCAGCGCUUGAUAUGCGUGCGGUGUUCUCGCCCCAUCAGCUCCACUGCUGGAUAA